AUGGCGGCGGUGGCUCCUUGGGCGCGGCGUGGUGGUGACUGAGCUGCGAACCUGGCGGGCGUGUGCCGAGCCCCGGUCCGGUCUCCGCGUGCCCCACCCCGGGCUUCGCACCCCUGAUGCUGCGCGGGUGCUGAGCCCGCCCCGGCCGGGACGAUGGUGAAGUAUUUCCUGGGCCAGAGCGUGCUCCGGAGUUCCUGGGACCAAGUGUUCGCUGCCUUCUGGCAGCGGUACCCGAAUCCCUAUAGCAAACAUGUCUUGACGGAAGACAUAGUGCACCGGGAGGUGACCCCUGACCAGAAACUCCUGUCCCGGCGUCUCCUGACCAAGACCAACAGGAUGCCCCGCUGGGCCGAGCGACUGUUUCCUGCCAAUGUCGCUCACUCGGUGUACAUCCUGGAGGAUUCUGUUGUGGACCCGCAGAACCAGACCAUGACCACCUUCACCUGGAACAUCAACCACGCCCGGCUGAUGGUGGUGGAGGAACGAUGUGUUUACUGUGUGAACUCUGAUAACAGCGGCUGGACCGAAAUCCGCCGGGAAGCCUGGGUCUCCUCUAGCUUAUUUGGUGUCUCCAGAGCUGUCCAGGAGUUUGGUCUUGCCCGGUUCAAAAGCAAUGUGACCAAGACUAUGAAGGGCUUUGAGUACAUCUUGGCCAAGCUGCAGGGUGAGGCCCCUUCCAAAACCCUCGUUGAGACAGCCAAGGAAGCCAAGGAGAAGGCAAAGGAGACGGCACUGGCAGCUACAGAGAAGGCCAAGGACCUUGCCAGCAAGGCAGCCACCAAGCAGCAGCAGCAGCAGCAGCACUUCGUGUAGCUAGCCCAGGCCCGGUGUGGUAGGACACCUGACCACCCGGCUCAAGUCCCUCUGCCUGUCCCCCUUGUACUUUAUUAUUAAAGUCAACUUCCAGCCCUUUCUGCUGUCUGGGUGGGUUGGGGCUGGGUGUCCUGUUUGGCACUGACAGUGCAGCAGGCACGUUGCCUACGUCUAAGCCAGGCCUGUGGAUGCCCACAUUCGGCACAGGGCGGGGCAGGGGCCUGCCCAGUUCCAGACAGCCUGCAGUACAGGGCUAGGAAGCGCCAGACUGUAAGCUCCAUGAGGGCAGGGACCUUUGUCAUGUUCUCUGAUGUGUCCCAAGUACCUGGAACAGUAUCUAGCACAUAACAGGCACUCAAAUAAAUAGUUCUUGAAUUCAAUGA